AUGCCAAGACAAUACGUAAGAGGAGGCCCUUGGAAAAACAGCGAGGAUGAAAUCCUAAAGGCUGCCGUUAUGAAAUAUGGUAAAAACCAAUGGGCUCGUGUCGCUUCGUUGUUGAACAGAAAAUCACCCAAGCAAUGUAAGGCCCGUUGGUUUGAAUGGCUUGAUCCGAGCAUUAAAAAGACAGAAUGGACAAGAGAGGAGGAAGAGAAAUUACUUCAUCUCGCUAAAAUUAUGCCAAGCCAAUGGCGAUCGAUUGCUCCGAUUGUUGGACGAACAGCAAGUCAAUGUUUGGAACAUUAUGAACGAAUGUUGGAUGAGGAACAACGAAAACAAGAAGGUGCUUCGGAAUCUUCUGCAGCUUCCUCGUCAUCUGCUGAUGACCCAAGAAAAUUAAGAGUGGGCGAAAUUGAUCCCAAUCCAGAGACAAAACCAGCUCGUCCUGACGCUAUCGAUAUGGAUGAAGAUGAAUUGGAAAUGUUAAACGAAGCACGUGCUCGUUUGGCCAACACUCGAGGUAAAAAAGCAAAGAGAAAAUUGAGAGAACAAAAAUUAGAAGAAGCUCGUCGAGUGACAGCCACUCAAAAAAAGAGAGAAUUGAAAGCUGCAGGAUUGUUAACAAACACUGCUCCAAAAUUGAAGAAGAGAAAGCUCAAACAUCCUGGUUCAGACGUUAAUUAUAAUAAGGAAAUUCCAUUUUACAAGAAACCAGCUCCAGGAUUUUAUGAUACAACCGAGGAGGAUAAAAAAACUGUAUUGCUUGCGUUCGAAGGAAAUUCAAUGCAAGCUCUAGAACAAGUACAAAACGAACAAAAUGAAGAGAAGGAAAAGAAAAAGGACAAGGUUCAGGUCUUGCUCGACAAAAACUUGCCACAAAUUAUUAAGAAAAUUGAUGACAUGUCAAAUGCCAAAAUUAAUUACAAAAAGAUCAAACUAGCAUUACCACCUCCACAAAUUACCGAUGCCGAGUUGGAUCAAAUUAUCAAAAUGGGCAAAAAGUUAAAUACUCUUCCAGCAACCUCUCUAUCCUCAAAUCAGGCAACCAAGCAAUUAAUGGGAGACUACAAGCCAAACGCUACACCCCUCAUUCAAGCAACUAGAACACCAAUGAGAGGUGACGUUAUUGGAGAACGUAUUCGAGAAAUUCAACAAAUACAGAGCACGCCAACACCCAUUCAACUUUCAAGAGAAAGGGAAUCUGCUCAAUUGACCAUUCCUCAAACCUUUUCUGUUGCCUCAACGCCUUCUCAAGUGAAAGCAACUCCUAUCAUUCAUCAGACACCCUUCAGAGAUCAACUUCAUAUUAAUACGCCUGGAUAUGGUGUCGAGUCGUUGGCCGACGAUCUACAAUUCCACAAACAACAAUUGAAAGAAGGUUUCGCAAGUUUACCUACUCCAACUAGUGGCGAUUUUGUCGUGUUCAAGAAUGCAAAUGAACCUGAAGGUGCAAUCCCAAAGGAAUUCAAAAAGAAAUCCAUUGACAUGGAAGAUGCUGGAGUGAAAGAAAAGGAUCAGCGAAAGCAGAAAGUUCUGUCCAAACAACAGGAAAUGUUUUUGAAGACCUCAGUGGUCAAGAGACAUUUACCAAAACCUUCGACUCCAAGUGUUGAUCUUUCAAUAUUUUCACAAUCGAAGGAAAUCAAGGAAGAUGCUGCUGGUGCCGAUAUUAACACAUACCUGCUUGCCAGUGAGCUGAUUGCCACCGAGAUGCGUGCUCUUGUGAAUAGUGAUAUCUCAGGAGAGCGUGUACACAACCUAGGAAUUCCUGAACAUUUGUUGUUGAGAGCACGAAUUGAGUUAGCUCUGGAAAAUGCCACUCAACCUCAACCAAGUUUUGAAGAAUUUGCCAAACUUUACAAUGAAUGUACAUUACUUUCUAAGGAGCAAGCUACUCAAUUAAGGCAGCCAUGGCAACAGUUGCAACAAGAAAUUGCACAAUUUACAUCAGAGCACCUGAAAACAAACCUCUCAAAGAUUGACAUGUUGAAGGAUUAUAUUACGAAGACAAGUAUUGAAAUUGCUAAAGCAUCUCGAGAGUUGGACAAUUACAAACAAAUCCAAGAGCAGGAGAGAAGAGCAAUUCCAUCUCGUUUGUCAGAGUUGCAAGAAGAGGCUUCCUGGUUAUCAAGCAGAGAGAAGGAGUUGCAAGAAAGGUACAAGGCUCUUUUGGACGAAAAGGAUCAGCUCAAAAUUAUUAAUCUUGAUGAUGUCAUGAUGACAGCGAAUGACGAAGAAUAA